CUAUUGACCGACACGACGGCACGGCGGCGACGGAGACGCCGACGAUAGCGGUGGCGGCGCUCCUAAACCAGCGCCCAUCCAUGGGAAAUGGCGGCUGUAUAGCCGAUGAUACUCGGUUUCUUGGAGCCGUUUUGUGUAUCACGUGUAUAACAACGGAUUACGACGCGACGAGAAAGAUCAACAACGGUGAACGUGAGUGACGACGAUGGCAAUGUCGAACCUCUACUCGAAGAUUUCCACCAAGCCAAUGAAGCGUUUUCAGGACAACGUCGCAGUUAAACAGACAAAUGCUUGGAUGAACGCGGAAUCUCCAAGUAAUACGUCAGAUUCACCACCAUCGGUGAGUCCGCUCUCUUCGUCUAUUGUAUUACAACGUGAAGGAACCGCGGUGAAUCAGCCUCUAAGUGCUCCCGCAUCGCCUUUGUCUUCCUUAUCAUCACCUAUCACCCAGUUAAAUCUACCAUCGCCUGGAGACUGCACACAAGAUCCCAACUGGCAAGCAACGAAACCUACAGUUCGGGAACGGAACGCGGCAAUGUUUAAUAAUCAUCUCAUGGCCGACAUUAUAUUUAUUGUUGGCAGUCCAGGCCACACACAAACUAUACCAGCACAUAAAUACGUCCUUGCUACUGGCAGUUCUGUAUUUUAUGCCAUGUUUUAUGGAGGGUUACCGGAAAAUAAAAAAGAUGUAGAAGUGCCUGAUGUUGAACCAGCUGCCUUUCUCGCGCUGUUGAGGUAUAUGUAUUGUGAUGAAGUGCAACUAGAAGCGGACACAGUUUUGGCAACGUUGUACGUCGCCAAAAAAUACAUAGUUCCACACUUGGCGCGCGCGUGCGUCAAUUAUCUGGAAACGAGUUUGACGGCGAAGAACGCGUGCUUGCUUCUGAGUCAGUCUCGCCUGUUCGAAGAACCCAAUCUCAUGCAACGUUGUUGGGAAGUGAUCGAUGCACAAGCAGAAAUGGCACUAAGAUCCGACGGUUUUGUGGACAUUGACAUUCAUACGCUCGAAUCUGUCUUAUCCCGAGAGACACUAAACUGCAAAGAAAUCCAUAUAUGGGAUGCUGCAUUACGAUGGGCUUCCGCGGAAUGUAUACGGCAAGAUCUUGAGCCUACUCCCGCCAAUCAAAGGCAAUUGUUAGGACCUGCCUUGUAUUUAAUUAGACUACCCGCUAUGAAUCUGGAGGAGUUCGCAAACAGUGCAGCACAGACGGGAAUACUAACUCAUCAAGAGACAAUUGAUUUGUUUCUACACUUUACAGCUAGUAACAAACCACAACUUUGUUUUCCCAUCAAACCACGUCAAGGAUUGAAAACUCAGGUUUGCCAUAGAUUUCAAUCCUGCGCUUAUAGGUCAAAUCAAUGGCGAUACAGAGGUCGUUGCGACUCGAUCCAAUUCAGCGUUGAUAAGAGAAUAUUUGUAGUGGGCUUCGGGUUAUACGGGAGUUCGUCCGGCGCUGCGGAUUACAAUGUUAAAAUAGAACUCAAGAGACUUGGGAAUGUUCUGGCGGAGAACAACACCAAGUUCUUCUCCGACGGCUCGAGCAACACGUUCCAUGUGUACUUUGAAAAUCCGAUACAGAUCGAACCAGAAUGUUCAUACACGGCGAGUGCAAUAUUGGACGGCGGGGAAUUGAGCUUCUUCGGGCAAGAAGGCAUGUCGGAAGCGACGGUUGGCAGUGUAAACUUUCAAUUUCAGUGCAGCUCCGAGAGCACCAACGGUACUGGCGUCCAAGGUGGACAAAUUCCUGAAUUAAUUUUUUACGGGCCGCCAUCUGAUGACUGACGGAAAAUCACUACAGAGCUUAUGGUAUAAUUGACUUGCAACGAAACCCAAUAUUCUCAGAUCGUGAGCGAUCGUAUACAUCGCAAAUAAAAUCUGUCAAAUUCUGAGACGUAUGGAGGAAAUGUACAUUUCAUACAUGCAUUCGAACAAUUUAAAUAUUCAAAUAUUCAAUUGGACUCAUUUUUAUUUUUCUUAAAUUCUUCCAAAGAAAACAAUAAAUCGUAAAAGUAAUGUGAGAAAUAUUUAUACUGCCGAGAAAGUUGUUACAAUCUUGUGUAAAUAACGUAAAAAUAAGAAGCAUUUGAGAAGCAUUAGAAUACUCGUCGUUUAAUCGUAACAUCACGAUACAGUAGACUUUCCUUUAUAUUGAUAGAUCUAUUGAUAUACACCAAUCACAUGCAGUUGUUAUUGUUGUGUUUUUCUUUUGUGAAAUAAACUUAUUUCAUAUAUCGUUAACCAAGAAAAACGCGUGUGCAAAUGAUUAAAUAUUAAAAUUUUUAAUUAUUUUUAAUUUAUUUGAUUAUUUAAAGUGCACAAUAUUCGUUUUUACAACGUAUCCAAUAUUUAUACCAUCUAAUUACGAAUCUUGACGAAAAAAUCUUGACUUAAAAAAUUUUUUUUUUAUUUAAAUGAGUCCAUUGGAAUAUUUCUCAUGUCAGAUAUUCUCAUGAUAUAUGUGGAGACAUCCAAAUUCCAAUAAAAGUAUUUGCGUGAAAUUUUCAAAAACGUUGAUUUUUCAAUGAAAUUAUUAUUUCCAAAAUACACGAAUAUUCGUAUAAUAUAUAAAUAUUGAAUUUUAUUCGACAUCUUAUAUAUUAUUCCUAAUAAUAGCUAAUUAAUUAACUAAGUAGAAUUGUUCAUUGAAGUUUGUAUAUAUCCAUUUAAAUUUGUAUAAUUUAUCGAUGCAUCAUAAGUUGCUAUUAUUAAUUCUCGGAGUUUUUUUUCGGAGAAUAUAUACAAUCGAACGUAUAUAAUCAACGUUUGUUUAUCUCAAUCCAAAGGUCGGUACCAAAUUUUUAUGUACACGCGCGCGCAAUAUGUUACUGUCAUAAAGGCGACCUAUUCAAAAAUUAUAUUUUCGUAGGCGGCGAAAAAAAACUAUGUACAGUAUUGUGCGAUUUGAAAACAACAAUUAGCAUUAUAUUUAAAAUUAGAUUUGCGUAAUUAAAACUCUCUUUACAAAUUUUUUUCAUGUUUCAACAUCAGACACAUCGUCGUUACUUGUGUAAAUAAACAUUUAGUUGUAACUCUUUAAAAAGAUUUCCAUAACAUUAAACUGUAACACCAGACACUACCAUCUCACUCGUGAAGAGUUGUGUGAGCAGUUUUGGAAAAAGAGCACAUCUAUUUUUCUAUACAUACUUAACGAAUGUCAUACUUUUACUCGCUUCGUGCAACAAAUUUAAUUUUGCUCUUGCAUCGAGAAGAGCUGUAAAUGAUUGUUUAAAAAUUGUAAAUAUCUAGAAUAAUAACGUAUAAUGUGAGAAGAGAGCUCUGUCUAAGCGUAAUAUCACAUAAUCGAUUAAAUAUAUAUUUAGAAUUGGUUCUUUUACAAUACUAUAAAAGAUAUUCAAUGCAAUUGUGAAAAAAUGAUAUACGCGAAAGCUAUAGGAUGCUUCAUAUUAUUUACUGUAACUAUGUACCGUAGCUAUGUGAGGAUUGUUAACAAUGUUAUAAAGAAUUGUUUACUUGAAA